GAGCUGAGGUGUGGUAGGUCAGCGUGAGGUGUAGGCAGUGUGUGGCAGGCAGUCAGUGUUGAAGGGUGAAGUGAAGUUUCCUUGCUGGCUAAACGGAAUCGCAUGUCUGCUUUAUCAUUGCGGCUGGUUUAGUUCUUUCCCAUUUGAAACCCAGUCUCAGCAAUAAAAGGUAUGCUUCAGGACAAGUCACUCAGUAACCCUGAUGACUCAUCGACGUGUCCAGUACGCGUCACUCACUGCCUGAGACGGUUCUGUUUCACACUGUCAGUUUCUCUGUGAGCAUCAGCCGAGAUAGGUAUAAGCUGACUAAACAAUAAAAAGUCCAAAAAGCGCACCUACUCUGACGCCUUUCUUCGCCAUAGCUUUGUGAAAUUACCUUUUAGUGGUGAGGAUCGGCCGCAAUGUGUGGUAUGUCACAAAGUCUUGACAAAUGAAAGCCUCAAGCCAUCAAAACUCUAAGCUCACCUCCAGAAGUGCCAUCCAGAUCUUCAAAACGAGAAUCAGGCUUAUUUUCAGCGCCGGGCUGUAGCACUGAAGAAUAUCCACUUCGGUUCGUCUGGAAUUCAAGCCCAAAAGCUUCAAGCUGCGGUCGAAGCAUCCUACUUUGUUGUAUAUAAAGUUGCCGAACAACAGAAAUCCCACACCAUUACAGAGAAUCUGAUUAUGCCUUGUGCAUACGAGAUGGUAAGCAAGUUUGAUGAAUCGUGACAUAGCCAGUUGUGCUGUUCUUGGGUUCGUCCGUUACGUUCACCAGGACAAGAUCAAAGAAAAGUUCCUAUUAUGCGAGGAUCUGCUGACAACCACGAAGGGAGAAGAUGUCUUCAAUAUCAUCAACAGUUUCUUUACCAAGAAUGGAUUGGAUUGGAACAGCGUUCAACAGGUCUCCGUCGAUGGAACACCGUCGAUGAUGGGUAGUCAUCGUGGAUUACAGGGCUUCAUACAAGCUGUGAAUCCAGAAAUUUAUGUAGAUCAUUGCAUCAUUCAUCGGUACUCUCUUGGAUCGAAAAGUCUGCCUGGUAAUCUGACGUUAGUGUUUGAAGAUGUGUUGAAAAUCGUCAACUUCGUCAAGUUCAGAGAUGUGAAUUCGCGUAUAUUCAAGGAGCUGUGCAAGGAAAUGGGAGAGCAGUAUCAAGUUCUGCUCUACCACACCGAUGUUAGCUGGUUGUCACGAGGCAAGGUUGUGCGUCGAGUCAUUGAGCUCCGAAAGACUACUCAGGAAUUCUUGAAACAAAAAGGAUCUUUUGCUACCAAGUGCACUGAUAGGGAGUGACUUGCUCAACUUCGUUACUUGGCUGACAUAUUUACAGAGCUGAACAGUGGUAAUCUGCAACCUCAGGGCCGAAACACGACUGUCAUUGAUGCCCAUCAAACUGUGACUGCAGUUCUGAGGAAACGGAGACUAGAUUCGGCGCUUGGAGAAAGGAGUGAUCGCCCAGUUCCCCAGUCUGCUGAGCAGUAUAGUCAUGAUACUGGAUCACUUCUACAGACAUCAACAAAGGGAUAAGCGACCAUUUGAAGGCAUUUGAAACAAGCAUGCAUCACUACUUUCCAGAGAGUGACCAAGAAACAGCCAGUCUUCAGUGGAUCAUUCAUCCCUUCUCUGUACCUGAUGAGGCCAUUCAUGAUAAUGAUUUCCCUGCAAAGGAGGAGUGGAUCAUUGUGAGCCAAUGAAGCUUUGAAAAUCGAAUUCCAAAACCAAAAUUAUUUCUUUUGGAUUUCACGACUAGCUGACUCGCCAACUCUGUCCAAGAGAGCCUUGAAGUUGUUGGUAUUAUCAACAACGUAUCUCUGCGAGAAGGGGUUCUCAACUGUGCUGGAGACGAAAACAAAAAAAGAGGACUCGCUUGAAUGUUGCAAACGAUGCCAGGCUGACACUUUCAACCACAAACCCAAGAAUUAUUCAACUAGCUUCAAGCUUGUAACUCCAUCCAUCCCACUGAUGUUCUUGACAUCUUUGGCAAUAGUCAUUAGAGAUGCACAAUGUUCAGAUACAAUAAAUAAAAGAAAAUA